UUUGAAUUGCAACUAUGUAUGAAAGGUGUGUACAAAUAAACUCGCCCUGCCCUGUAUUCACACUGAGCCAUGACAAAGUUCUACAUAUCUAAUCUAAUCCUCUCUUUCUCCUUCUUUGGAUGCCAGGGAGCCGUCAAAUGAGGACACACUGAAAGCACAAUGAACUGAAAUGGAAUGUAUUAUUUGAAAAGGUGCUUUUGUCUAGACGCCACAUCAAAAGAAGUAAGAAAGCGAGCUGAGACGGGUGUGGAUGAGAAUGAAAGUGCAAACCAGAAAGCAAACUCACAUCGAACCUUCAGAAAGAACUUUAACAUCCAAACCAGAAGAUCUGCUGGGAAGCGAGAUCAGAACGCGCGUGCAGAUUGUGGAUUAUAACCUGGACGAUAAAGCAAUGCGCACAAAAUCAAAUGGCUAGACGUCUUAUCUGUUGAAUUAUCCUCAAAGCAACGAUGAACAGCAGCACGAACUGCACGACCAACGAUGAGUUCAAGAACGUUCUAUACAACACGACCUUCAGCGUGGUCUUCGUGCUGGGACUGCUCCUCAACAUGGUGGCUCUGUACAUCUUCACCUGCACGCUGAAGCAGAGGAACGAGACCACCACGUACAUGCUGAACCUGGUGGUCUGCGACAGCCUUUUCGUGUUCAGUCUGCCUUUACGGAUCUUCUACUUCAUCAGUCGGAACUGGCCUUUCGGGCCGGUGCUCUGUAAAAUGUCCGUUAUGUUGUUUUACACCAACAUGUACGGCAGCGUCUUGUUCCUGACGUGCAUCAGCGCCGAUCGAUUUCUGGCCAUCGUUUAUCCGUUCGCUUCCCGCUCGUUACGGACUAAAAGAUACGCAAAAAUGGCCUCCGGCGCCAUCUGGCUGGUUGUGCUCUCGGUCAGUCUGUCGACUGUGGUUCAGCUUAAAACGUCCAGCCAGGACAACACCACUUACUGCUUCGAAAACUUCAACAGCAACCAGUGGAAGUCAACGUUAUCCAACGUAGUCAUAGUGAUCGAGACUCUGGGCUUCGUGAUCCCGCUGCUCAUCAACAUUUUCUGUUCCGUGAUGAUUUUGAGGACUUUACGGAACUUGAACGCUUUCAAAGGCGAAGGGCGAGUAAACAAGGCCAAGAUUCUGCGCAUGAUCGUGGUGCAUCUGCUCAUCUUCUGCUUUUGCUUCAUCCCAUAUAACGUCAACCUGAUCCUCUACACCCUGGUCCGAAGCGAAACGAUCACCAACUGCGCCCUGGUGAACGUGGUGAAGUGUAUUUACCCUGUAACACUAUGCAUUGCAGUAACUAACUGCUGCUUUGACCCGGUUGUCUAUUACUUCACCUCAGAAACUAUUCAGAAAUCUUUUAAGCGACGGUCUUCUUUUGUACAGACCACAACGAGGCUCUGCGAUGGUCCGGACAAAAAGACGUCAUCGCCAAAUAUUUCACAUACUACAAAAACUGCAUUCAGCUCUACUGACUGUUCGCUAUGAGGACCCGAAACUGGUAAUAAAAACAGGGAAAUAAAGCACAACAGCAAUAUAUCAGUUUAACAUGCUUCCACACUUAGUGUUUCCAUGUGAAUUCUGUUUUGUUCUGUCCUGCCACUGGUGUGUUUGCAAAUCACUGUUAUGCUUCAUUAAUUAUGCCAUUAAAGUACAGGACUGCUGACUAGAAGGUAACCAGGUCUUAUCCGAUCAUCAAGCUUUCACUGCUGAGCCCUUAACCCUCAAAAGAUUGUAAGUCAGCUGAAAUAAAAGCAUCUGCUAAAUGUA